AUGGGUGUUCCCAAGUUCUUCAGAUGGCUCUCCGAGCGCUAUCCGGCCAUCUCGCAGCUGAUCGCCGAGAACCGCAUACCCGAGUUCGAUGCCCUCUACCUUGAUAUGAACGGUAUCAUCCACAAUUGUACUCACAAGGAUUCUGGAGACACCCAGUUCCGCCUGAGCGAGGAUGAGAUGUUCAUUCGCAUCUUCAACUAUAUUGAGCAUUUGUUUGGCAAGAUCAAGCCCAAGGGCCUGUUCUUUAUGGCAAUCGAUGGUGUGGCCCCACGAGCCAAGAUGAAUCAGCAACGUGCUCGUCGUUUCCGGACAGCUCUAGAUGCUGAACUGGCAAGAGAUAAGGCAUUGCGGGAAGGCAAGGAGCUCCCCAAGGAAGAGCCGUUCGACAGCAACUGCAUCACCCCCGGCACCGACUUCAUGGCCAAGCUGUCGAAACAGCUGAGAUACUUCAUCAACAAGAAAGUAUCUGAGGACAAGGACUGGCAGCAAUGCGAGAUUGUUCUUUCUGGCCAUGAGGUUCCUGGAGAAGGUGAGCAUAAGAUCAUGGAGUACAUUCGCAACGCUAGAGCACAGCCAAACUACAACCCUAAUGUAAGGCACUGCCUGUACGGCCUGGAUGCCGAUCUCAUCAUGCUCGGCCUUUUGAGUCAUGAUCCACACUUCUGCCUUCUCCGUGAGGAGGUCACCUUUGGUCGUCAGUCCAAGACGAAGUCGAAGGAGCUGGAGCACCAGAAUUUCUAUCUCAUGCAUCUCUGCAUUGUUCGGGAGUACUUGGAGCUGGAGUUUCAGGAUUUGGAAAAGGAAGGCGCCUUGUCAUUCCCUUUCGACAUGGAGAAGGUUAUUGAUGAUUUCAUUCUCAUGGCGUUUUUCGUUGGCAACGAUUUCCUACCUAAUCUUCCAUCACUUCACAUCAACGAGGGAGCUUUGGCUACCAUGUUCGACAUUUAUAAACGCGUUCUUCCAAAAGGUACAGGAUAUAUCAAUGAGGGAGGCGUUGUCAAUUUAGAGAGAUUGGGUUUGCUCUUGGAGGAGCUCAGCAAGGAAGAGUAUCGUUUCUUUGAGCAUGAAAAUGAAGGCUCGAAAUGGUUAAAGUCAAAGAAGAGUCAGAAUGGUGGACAAGAACCUCCAAAGCCAAAAGGCAAACUCGUCAUCACGUCAUCACAGAAAGCUCUGUGGAAAUCGAAGAUUCGCAAGUUCAUCAAUACACGAUCCCCUCAGACGCUCGAUCUUGGCCAUGAUUUGAAGGCGGCAGACAGGAAAUUUGUCCAGGAUCUAGCCGACAGCGUCAAUAUCAAAUGGAGCACGAAUGAAGAUGAUGACGGCCAUCGUCAUCUGAUUUUAUCGUUCCCUCCCCGGCCAGAAGUUGAGGAUGACAGCGAGGAGGAAGAUGACGAAUCUCAGCUAGCGAUUUCUCGCGUUGUCAAGAAAUACGACAAUGCUGAAGUUGUUGAUCUCACAGCAGAUGAUGCGCAGGCUGCCAUGGAGACCCUCUACAAGCAGAAAUUCCAGGAAUGGAAAGACAAGUACUACGCGGAGAAGUUUCCGGAAUGGUCUCCGGAGAACAAAGAUGAAGAACUCAAAAAUCUUUGUGAAAACUACGUCCAAGGACUACAAUGGGUUCUAUACUAUUACUAUCGCGGUAUCGCAUCAUGGCCCUGGUUCUACAGGUAUCAUUAUUCGCCUUUGAUAUCUGAUGUUAUAAAAGGCCUGAAGGCCGAUCUCAACUUCAAGCUCGGACAACCCUUUAGGCCAUUUGAACAGCUGAUGGGUGUUCUGCCGGAUCGCAGCAAGAAAAUUGUCCCCACCGUGUACUGGGAUCUGAUGACCAGCCCAGAUUCCCCCAUCAUCGAUUUCUAUCCUCGAGACUUCGAGCUCGAUAUGAACGGGAAGAAGAUGGAAUGGGAAGCUGUAGUCAAAAUCCCCUUCAUUGAUGAGAAAAGACUCUUGGAUGCCAUGGCUACCAAGAACAAUCUUCUCUCAGAUGAAGAGAAGGCAAGAAACGAUUUCAGCGUCCCUUUGAAAUUCACUUUCUCGCCGGACCUUGACUUCAUAUACCCAUCAUCUCUGGUCGGAGUUUUCCCGGACAUUCCCCAUUGCCGCUGCGUGGAGAACAUUUUCGACCUUCCAGCGACCGAAGGUCUUGACUAUCGUGUUGGCUUGAUGGAUGGAGCGCUGCUGAACGUAUCAGCUUUGGCUGGUUUCCCAAGUCUUGCCACACUACCAUACACUGCAACUUUGGGCUUCCAUGGAGUCAAUGUCUUCCAACAAGAAAGUCGCAAUGCCAGCAUGGUUGUUACUCUGACGGAUUCUGAGUUACGUACCAAGGUCGAAUCGGCCAAGGCGAAACUUGGUCAGCGCUGUUUUGUUGGCUAUCCGUUCCUGUCUGAGGCGAAAAUCGUACGAGUUUCUGAUGAACUCUUUGACUUCACGCUGGCCGAGAAUGGAUCUGGACAAGUGGUAGUCAGAGACCACCAGAACAAAGAGAUCGAUGACUGGCAGAAGAUGUCUAAACGAGCCGAAGAGUUUUACAGCAAACGCUUGGGUAUACUGAUCGGCGAAGUUGAGUCCAUGGUUCAUGUCCACAUGCUCAAGGGCCUCGUUAAAACAGACGAGGGUGCUACGAUCAAAGAAUAUGGACUGAUCACCGGCAUGCUAGAGGAUUAUCCAGCACAAAUCAUCGUAGAUGAGGUUGUCAACGAGGAUGAGCGGUUCAUAGAGAGAGCCGCUCUCCCCAUUGAGGAGGAGUUUCCCAUCAACUCCCACGCUUUCUUCUUAGGCGACUUUAAUUAUGGUCGACCAUUGGGAGUCAUUGGGCAUGCAAACAACAAGCUGGAUAUUAUUCUUGCCACUAUCAAGGGGAAAGAGCCCGACUUCGCAAAGGCCAUUAUCCACAGGCAUGAGCGACAGAACCACUAUACAGCCUCCUAUCAGGUGUCCAAAGACCUCGCUCUCCACCCCCUUGUUUUGAGCAAGAUUACGUCCUCCUUCCAAGUCUUGACCCUCGGCGGCCUGAAGGUCAACCUUGGCCUAAAUUUGAAGUUUGAGGCCAGGAAGCUCAAGGUCUUGGGAUACACGCAAAAGUCCGAAUCCGGAUGGUCAUUUAGCAACAAAGCAAUCCAGCUUCUUGUAGAGUACAUGACGACCUUCCCUGAUUUCUUUGCUGCUCUCCAGAGGAAUGCAACGGCUAGGGAUCCGAGCGCGACAGAUCUCUGGAAAGAUGAAGCUACUGCAACUGCCAGAGUGAAGGAGAUCGGCCAGUGGCUAAAGCAAACCGGUGUCGCCAAUCUUGACAGGGUUCCUUUGGACGCCGAGCAACUUGACUCUGAUGUUGUAAUGGAUCUCGCUGCUGCGGCUGAUCAUGCGGUUCAGACCGUCACUCAACAAGGGAAAGAGGAGAAGAAACUCAAGGGAGUGCCUCGAAGCGCAUUAUUGAAGCCAUCCGACGCAGAACACAGACUAGGCAACCAGCGAUUCCACCUUGGUGACCGCGUGGUCUAUGCCCAAGACUCCGGCAAGGUCCCAAUUGCUCUCCGUGGCACCGUGGUGGGGAUUAGCCGUGCAGGUACCAAUAAGAUCCUGGAUGUUGUCUUUGAUAUCACCUUCAUGAGUGGCAACACUCUUGAUGGGCGUUGUCCCCCAUUCCGUGGCCAGACUGUUCCUGCUAAUUCAGUCCUGAAUGUCACAGACAAGCAAGUCGUGGUGGGAUCCAAGGCGGCAGUCGAGCGUCGUCCUGUCCCUGCUGUGACGACUCUUGCUGCAAGUGGUGGAUAUGGGGCGCCAGGAGGUCCACAGUAUCGUGAUGCUCCAGCCCCAGCCCCUCUUCAUGGUUCAUGGCGCGGGGCCUUGAAUGGAAAUGCCUCCCGAGGACGCGGUGGUCAGGGGCAGCAGGUCCAGAGGGGCAAUUUAAAUCUUCAGCAUAGCAGCAUGGUUUAUCGCCCUUCUCCAAACCAGGUACCUCAACAAGGUCAGGGUCAGCAGCACCAAGGAGUGAAUGGCCAUGCCUCCAGAGGACGCGGGGGUCAGCAGCAGGCGAACGGGAGAGGCGGCCGGGGUGGCCAGACUCAGAAUGGGUAUACCGCAAACGGUACCCCGCAGGGCGUGCCAUCACAGUCCUUCAAUAAUGUUCCUCCUCCUGCCGCUCUGGACAACCGUGGUAGAGGUCGGGGACGCGGCCGCGGGGCUGGACGUGGCCGAGGAGGCGCUCAGCGAGGUGGCCGUGGUGGUGCCGCCCCUCAACAGCAGCCGGCUGCUUCAACUUAG